UGAGGCGCGCGCUGCUCGCGCGAACGAGAACUCGGCUCAGCCAUGUGGCUGAUGUUGCCAGUAUCUAUAAUACUGGCAUUUUUCGCUUGUGAUGGGCUUGCGGUGCGCAACAACGACGUUGGGCAGAGAAUCGCGGAGUUGCUCGCCGACUAUGACAGCAGACUGCGCCCUAACUUCGGUGGUGAGCCUUGCUACAUCGGCAUGGACAUCACCAUCGCGUCGUUCGACUCCAUCUCGGAGGUGAACAUGGACUACACCAUCACAAUGUAUCUCAACCAGCGCUGGAAAGAUGAACGACUAGCCUUCAGUUCAGAUGAUGAAGUUGUCACAAUGCCGGGAGAAUUUGCUGAGAUUAUCUGGGUGCCCGAUACAUUCUUCGCCAACGACAAAAGCAGUUACCUGCACGACGUGACGGAGAAGAAUAAGAUGAUUCGGCUGCAUGGCGACGGCACCAUCGCUUAUGGCAUGCGCUUUACCACGACACUCGCGUGCAUGAUGGACCUUCGGUAUUUCCCUCUGGACAUACAGAAAUGCUCCGUCGAGAUAGAGAGUUAUGGCUACACCUUAGCGGAAGUGGUCAUGUACUGGCAGGAUAUAGCGGUCGUGGGCGUAGAACAAGCUGAACUACCGCAGUUUACCAUCGUGGGAUACAACACCACGUCCCGUAUUGAAGAGCUCGCUACAGGCAGUUACGGUCGACUGGCCAUCACCUUCGAGCUGUCCAGAAACAUCGGAUAUUUCAUUUUCCAAACUUACCUGCCGAGUAUCCUUAUCGUAAACUUAUCAUGGGUCUCCUUCUGGAUCAACCAUGAAUCAACUCCCGCUAGAUGUACUCUAGGCAUCACGACCGUACUCACCAUGACGACCAUCAGUACGGGUCUGCGGGCUUCCCUACCUCGCAUCUCUUACGUGAAGGCUAUCGACAUUUACCUCGUCAUGUGCUUCGUCUUCGUCUUUGCAGCCCUGCUAGAAUAUGCUGCCGUUAACUACAACUUCUGGAGUCAAAAGAUGAAGAAGCCUACAAAGGUUAAGCCAGCCAAGGUUAAGUCUAAGCAUGCUCCACUCCUUCCUCCGCCUGGCAAGAUGGACGGCGUCGCCAACCAACCUCAUGAGAUCAUCGAAUUACAGGAUGCCACGAGUCCGAUUCCUUCGAUAAGACAUCGGCACAACUCGAAGCUUUUCAGCCGGGAAAGCAGUUUGCAAGACCUCAAGUUUCCAUCAUCUUUCCGGAUCAACAGGAACUACAUGUCGUCGCGUAGCCUGUCGAGCCUCAACAAGCAGCUGUCGCAAAGGAAACUAAUUGACACUAUUUGCAAAGGAACUGCAAAGGCCAAAGCUAGCAUCCCUAAAUUAACAGAUGUCAAUGUCAUCGACAAGUACUCACGUGUCUUCUUCCCCAUCUCUUUCAUGAUUUUCAAUAUAGGAUAUUGGGGCUUUUACUACUCAUAAGGCUAAACUUGAGGCAAACCGAAAUCACUGUCUUCCAGCCCCCAAAAAAUAUUCCUCAAAAGGCUCAUAUUACUACCGAAUUAUAACCUCGAUGCCAGUCUAGUCAUCUCUAUUAUCAAUGAGAAAUUUUUUCACCCAUCGAAACUUCUUUGUCUGUUCCAAAUAUCGUGAAGAAAUGUUUAUGACGUCAUGAGGAAUUGCUCUGACAUGCAGGAUCUCAUCGUAGAUAGAUUAUUUUUAACCAUUUUAACCAUUGUCAAUUCCAAAACAGUCAUUUGCCUUCUUAAUAUAUAGAUAAAUUAGUCCAUGUAAUCACAGAUAAAAAGUGAAUUUUGUAUAGCAGUGACAUCAUUCUAAUAAAAAAAUUAAAACUCAAAAACUUGCUGCCAUCGAACUCUAAAAAGCGAUUUGUGCUAAUUCACUAAUUUAGUUAAUUGCUCCAAAUACAACGGUUCAUAAUUUUGUUUCUUGUAAAUAAUGUAUAGCAAAUGUGUUUGGUAAGUUUCCGCAUUAAAAUCUAUUCAAGUAACAGAGAAUAAAAAUUUAGAGAUUGAUUUCUUCGAGUAAUUAAGUCUAUUGAAUUGACUGUUUUGACCAUUUGUUGAUAAUUGCUUUGAUCGAAAAAAACCUCACGAAAUACCAUAUUUAGGCUCAUUUCAGAAUAAAAUUGACAAUCGGAAUGCAUUAUCUCCCGAAAAUUACGUAUUUAAUGUGUUUCCGCUAACAAUUUUCCUAUUUUCUGAAUUCGACAGUUGAUCACGUAAAAUUUGAUAAUGAGUGAAGUCUCACAAAAUUAUAUUAGGUGUUGAAGCUAUGUUGAUUCUUUGAAUGAUCGGCUGAACCUGCGUAAUAUUUGUUUCACUUCCAAAAAUGUAAAAUGUUCUCGAAAUCAAAAUCUAAAAGUUGUAUAUAUCAAGCCAAGUUCAGCCUUUCCACCAUAACAGUUCAUGACCCUUCAAUGAAUAUUAUUGGAUAAAUACAAGCUAAUUUUUGUUUCAAAAUAAUAU